UAUCUUCAAGGUAAACAACAACGGAAGCGAUUAAAAAUUAAAUUUUCGUGUUUUUUGGGCGAUUUAAUUCCUAAAAUUACGAUUAAAAGUUAGUUAAAGUGGUUUUUCGCAAGAAUUCAAUCAGGAUUUGUUGAAAUUCUUCAAGAAAAAGUCGAAUUUUGAGGAGAAAUCCAUCUUUAGAGCGUUCGUGCGUCGCAUUUUCUCGAAGCUUCUACGCAUUCUCAACCAAAUUUCGGCAUUGUCAUCAUUCUGCGGGCUCUGUGAUGCCCCAAGACGGUCUCAAUAUCAAGCGUGAACGGAAAAGUACAAUGGUAAAUUUUGCUCCUUUAUCUCCGUGUCCCAUUCCCGACAUCAGUGACGAUGAAUUGGUGUCGAUUUCCGUGCGCGAUCUCAAUCGAACGUUGAAAAUGCGAGGAUUGACGCGCGAAGAAAUCGUUCGGAUGAAACAGCGACGUCGCACGUUGAAAAAUCGCGGAUAUGCUGCGAGUUGUCGAAUUAAGAGGAUCGAGCAAAAGGACGAGUUGGAGACGGAAAAGUCCAUGGAAUGGCGUCACAUGGAGGAAAUGGGCAUCGAUAAUCAGCGGAUAAGGGACGAAACGGAAAUUAUGAAGAACAAGUAUGAGGCAUUGCGAAAAUUUGCGAUUCAACAGAAGAUUCCGUUGCCGCCAGAGUUGGAAACUUUGUGAAUUAUUUUUUUUUUCUUUGAACUUUUUACAUUUACAGGAAUUAGAUUUUUUAAGACAUUUUUAAAAGACACACAAAAUAAAUUUUUAAUUUUAAAUCACAAUAAAAUAAAUUUAUUUUUAUCAAAUAAAAAAAAUUAUAAGGCUUUUUCAU